GAGAGAACGUUUAAAGAUGGCGGCCGUGGCAACGAGAAGGCGGUUUCCCUGAGAGGGGGCGGGAGGGAAGGGAAAUAAAAGAAGCUCCCGCGACGGAGGAGGAGGAGAAGAAAAAGGAAAAAAAAAGAUCACGACGCCGGCGGCGCCGCCCCUUCCUCCUACCCCGGCUGGUUUCUCCCCCCUCACUUUGGCUUUGGAGGUGGGGCGAGGAGAAAGCACAAACGCGAGUCCUCGAGCGAGGAGCGGCAGGGACUACUCCGGGCAUGGCCCAGGUUGAAAGAAGAAAAGGACACCUGCAUGCGGCCAGUGAAGAUGAUGCUCUUUACUUCGACAUCAGCUAUUUAAGCUGAAUGCAUUGUGAUUUCCAGUAAUUGAGACAGUGGUUCUGAAAGCUGUCUACAUUAAUGAAAAGAACAAUGUAGUCAGCUUAAUUGAAUCAUCAGUGUUGCAUAUUGAAUAGAGCAUGACAAAUCCGAUCUUGAUGGACUUCUUCAUGUUAGGAGUAUAGAUCAAUAUACCUUUUAUUUAAAGCCUUGUUUUUUGUAAGUUUUAAUUAUGGAGAAUUAUGAAAAUGCACCUCCCCUUCCAAAAGAGCCAGCAACAGAAGCGAAUGUGGAGAACCAUUCUUGUCCCCCACCACUGCCGCCUAAUGAACAGCCUCCACCACCUCCCCUGCAAACGUCCAGUGACGCAGAGGUAAUGGACGUUGGCUCUGGUGGUGAUGGACAGUCAGAUACCCCUGCUGGGGACGCACACACUGUCGGCAGAAUACAACUUCUCACAAAGGGAUCGUCAUGCUACAAAAGUCGUCUUAUCGUAGAUCCUAAUAGUGACCAAAGCCCAAGAACUGCUCGUCAUGCGCCGUCAGUUAGAAAGUUCACCCCUGAUCUUAAGUUGCUUAAAGAUGUAAAGAUUAGUGUUAGCUUUACAGAGAGCUGCAGAAGUAAAGACAGAAAAGUUCUGUACACUGGAGCUGAGCAUGGUUAUGAAGCAGAUACAGAUUUAGGUAUUAAUAAUGUUAAUGGGGGUAUGCAUGCUUGUCCUCUGGGUGGGGGUAGUAAUGGUCAAGCUACACGAGUAGCUGGUGAAAAUGAUGACAAAAAGGAGGAUGAAAAUGAUGUAGAUCAGGAAAAGCGAGUUGAGUAUGCAGUUCUGGAUGAUUUAGAAGAUUUUACAGAAAAUUUGAUGGAAAUAGAUGAAGAAGGAGGGUUUACGUCUAAAGCAAUCGUUCAGAGAGACAAAGUGGAUGAAGAAACCUUAAGCUACUCUUAUGAGGAUGAAUUUGAUAAUGAUGUGGAUGCUUUGCUGGAAGAAGGCCUUUCUGUUCCUAAGAAAAGGAGAAUUGAUGAGAAAUAUGCAGGGGAGAGUGACCAUCAAUCUGAUGGAGAGACAACUGUGCAGCCAAUGAUGACCAAAAUAAAAACAGUUCUUAAAAGUCGUGGCCGUCCACCUACAGAGCCCUUGCCUGAUGGAUGGAUCAUGACAUUCCAUAACUCUGGCAUUCCUGUAUAUCUGCACCGAGAAUCCAGAGUUGUCACCUGGUCCAGACCUUACUUCUUAGGAACAGGAAGCAUAAGGAAACAUGAUCCCCCAUUGAGUAGCAUUCCAUGUUUGCAUUAUAAGAAAAUGAAGGAAAAUGAGGAAAGGGAACAAAGUAAUGACAUCACCCCAAAUGGGGAAGUAUCGCCUAUAAAACUCAUGGAUAAGUCUUUAGAAUUUGACUGCCAAACAGAGGAGCCGGACUCCACUGCUGCUGAUUCUGGGACUUUAGAUGAGAAAGACCCACCUGGGGGAGAUGCAGCACAAGGAGCCUUAGGUCAAGUUAAGGCCAAGGUUGAGGUGUGCAAAGAUGAAUCAGUAGAUCUUGAAGAUUUUAGACACUAUCUAGAAAAGCGUUUUGAUUUUGAACAAGUAACUGUAAAGAAAUUCAGAACCUGGGCAGAGAGACGACAGUUCAAUCGUGAGAUGAAGAGGAAACAAGCAGAAUCUGAGCGACCCAUUUUGCCAGCCAAUCAAAAACUUAUUACUUUGUCUGUGCAAGAUGCACCCACAAAAAAAGAGUUUGUUAUUAAUCCCAAUGGGAAGUCUGAAGUUUGCAUCCUUCAUGAAUAUAUGCAACGAGUCCUAAAGGUUCGACCUGUUUACAAUUUCUUUGAAUGUGAGAACCCAAGUGAGCCUUUUGGAGCCUCGGUUAUUAUUGAUGGAGUGACUUAUGGGGCAGGUACAGCAAGCAGCAAGAAACUUGCAAAGAAUAAGGCUGCCCGAGCUACACUGGAAAUCCUCAUUCCUGAUUUUGUUAAACAGACCUCUGAGGAAAAGCCCAAAGAUAGUGAGGAACUAGAGUAUUUUAACCAUAUCAGUAUUGAGGACUCACGGGUAUACGAACUGACCAGUAAAGCUGGACUAUUGUCUCCAUAUCAAAUCCUUCAUGAGUGCCUUAAAAGAAACCAUGGAAUGGGUGACACAUCCAUCAAGUUUGAAGUGAUUCCUGGUAAAAAUCAGAAGAGUGAAUAUGUCAUGACAUGUGGGAAGCACACAGUGCGUGGCUGGUGCAAAAACAAGAGAGUUGGGAAACAGUUGGCAUCUCAGAAAAUCCUUCAGCUGCUUCAUCCGCAUGUGAAAAACUGGGGGUCCUUAUUGCGCAUGUAUGGGAGAGAGAGCAGUAAGAUGGUUAAGCAGGAGACGUCUGAUAAAAGUGUGAUAGAGCUUCAGCAGUAUGCCAAAAAGAACAAGCCAAAUCUGCACAUUCUUAACAAGUUACAGGAAGAAAUGAAGAAGUUGGCACAAGAAAGGGAGGAAACUCGAAAGAAACCCAAGAUGACAAUUGUCGAAUCUGCUCAACCUGGCAGCGAGCCUCUGUGUACUGUUGAUGUGUGAUCAGAAAGAAUAAUUGGGGAGCAAUAAAACAUGUGAAGAAAGCUAAACCCCCCCUCCAAUUUAAUUAAUAAUUGGUUUGCUUCAGAAUGCAAAGUAAUGUAACAAUCCAAGCUGCUUCAAAUAUGCAUUGUUCUUUUGCAUAAUCAGGGCAAUAGUACUGAACUUUUGAGGGGGUUUUUUAAAACCUCUGAGAUAUACAUUUAUACAGACAGCAAAAAUCUGUGUGGGUCAAUGUAUAGAAGUGGGCAGAAAAGCAUGUUCACACAGGAUAAGCUGAAGCAAGCACUCCCCCACCCCUUUUGAAACUAUUAUGCUGUCUUUGAAUGGAUAUGUUUAAGCAUUAAUCCAGAAUGUCAAUGUAAAGAGUGGAGUGAAUGUAUAAUAUAGGAAUACAGCUGUACACACUCUCGUAUGAACAUGCUGACAACUGUUUUCUCAAAAAGAGCUUUGUUGCAUUUCAGCACAAAAUAAUAUGCACUGAUAAGACACUUUUGACAACUACAUUGAAGAAAAGUGGAAAGCAAUGUUCCUUAAUGCCAUUAAGAUUAGGCCAGUGCUGCUUGUUUUUGAAUUUUGGCAGGCAUAAUAUUUUUAAUAUCCUGGUACAGUGGUCUUUAGACAGUAAGAAAGGCACCUGCAGUGUUGAGCACCAGUGUGUCUCUGUUUUCAAAAUUGCUGGCUAUAUUUACUUUAAAUGUAAAAAAAAGAAAGAGAAGACAGGGAAACAUAGGAAAAACCCUAAUAGUUUACAUAAAAGACAACUGGAAAGGAGUAUAUAGCUUCUAAUUAUUUUUACCAUAAUUAAUUACAGGUGAUUGGGAGUGGAUGACUAAGCACCAGUGCUCUGCAGCCUGUACUUAUUCUGGUCUUGAGAGAGUCCUCCACAAUUAAUUAGAAUGAACUAAGAGUGAGCAGUGAUGGUGUUUGGUAAUUUGCAUUUCCUUCUAUUUUUAAGACCCCACUUGAAAACAGUUGGAAAAUAUACUGACAGUUCUAACAAUUAAAAUAGAGAUUUAAUUGCAUCUCCCUUUAUGGUAUAUAUAUUUUUAUUUAAUGCAGCUAGAUCUAAUUGAUACUUCAAUCUCAUGCACCCUAUUACCUUUAAACAAACAUGAAAAACCCUUUCCUUUGUGGAUUGACUAAUGGCAGUCAUGAAAAUCACUGGAAGCAUUCUUCACUGGAAGAGUUUUAACAUUUUCAAAAAAAGUUGUCACUGGCUUUGUUUUAUUAAAUGUUUAGCAUUUGCAGAGUAGUUUCUGCAUGGAAACUAUUAGAAUGUAAAUUGGGGUACAUCAGAGGACUUUAAUAAGAUCUUCUGCAUAAGUUGUAUUGAGUUGAAAUAAAGAAUAUGAAUAUGCAA